AAAUGAUUUGAGUAUAAAUAUUGGAAGUCAACUGAGCUUCGCCCCUCAGUAGGUGUACGACGUUUCGGCUUAAUUAAAACCUGGAAACAUGUGGAAGUUGAUAUUUGCAGCAUUUUCGUUAAUCAGUUCUGCAACAGCAAUAUGUCCCUUACUGUUCGAUCCAAAUCAUCCGGGGCUAUUCACCAGACAAUUCGGGUCACUUAGGCUCAUUUUGAGUUUAAACGGUAACCAGGUAUCAUUCGAGGAUAACACGGAGAUUACUGGCUUUUGUUCCGGUGGAUUCAGCGGCUACUCAUACUAUCAAUCUAAUCUGCUGGAAGAGAUCACCUUUAAGUGUUCCGGUAACAACAUACUCUAUCGAACUUCGGGAAGCUCGGCAUACCAAACAUUCAAUAAUGCCGGAACCCUUACGUGUUCCUCCAGCUCGACGUUCUACGAAACAUCAGUACCUCAAUGUGAAGCCUACGGUUUGGCGUAUGGACUUUUCGUUGAAAAUCAGACCUUCGUCUUCGCCGACCUCUGCUUUGAUCUAAACAAAAUGCAGACGCAAUUCGUUCACUACAUAGCUGGGACGCGUACUUUGUUCGUCGAAAGUCAAGCUGAUUUAAAUCCUGUAAACAUUAGUGCUUCCGCUGCAAAUGUGUCCUUUUACAAUCAUCAGGAGCAAAACCAACUCAACUUGAGAGUUGCCGUCAACCAUUCCAUCCCAAACUAUGCCUCAAUUGCCGAAUUCCAACUGGAUGGAUUGGUAUCACUAAGGCCAUUCCUAGGUGUCCUAGGUCCGUACAGUAAAGACUUCAGCAAUUCAAGUAUGAUCGCUUGGUGGAAAAAUCUGAGACUCGGAAAUUGGAAGUUAAUUGAGGAAACCAUCGCCAAUAUUGCAACCGAUAAAUUUUACGAUGUUUAUGCUGGGACAUCUGGAGUUGUGACCUAUCCCCUCUCUGGAAAUUGCAUGGUGCAGGAAGAGUUAACUUUUAAGGAGGACCAAUUCGUCCGUCAAGUGCCAUUGUACGUGUGGAACUAUGUAAAGCAGAGAGAUAAUGAUACUGACCCUGGUGUUGUUAUAAUUGGAGUCAACUCACCCUUCUUUGAGGGCGGACAAGUCCUCUGCAAAGACAUGUGCAAUAAAAUUUCGUGGCUUGACAGUUUGAAGAAUGUUCGAAAAAUUUUAUCGCUGGGUUAUAUUUUCUGUUGCAAGCCGUCUGACGUGAAGGAUAAAUUGGAUAAUCUUGGGUAUUUGAUAUGAGUUGUGAAUAAUAUUUUAGCGUGGGAAGUGUUUUAAUAAACGCUCGGUACAAACUUA